UUCGCAUCAAUCCUACGCAGAGAUGGCGGCUCUUAAAUCUCGCCUGAGGAUAGGCUACAUCCCCGGUACGCAAACAAUAAAGAUUCCCAUCUCAGCUCCAGAAAAGAAACGCCACGCCGACAGAUCAUAUAUGACUCUGGACCAGACCAAUCUCAAAACACAACACAGCUGACAAAGAUAAUCUCUGCUUGCUCUACAGAACAUUUCUCCACCCCGCUCUUCUUCGCCCAGAAACACUUCCACCUCUCCGCCGACCUGAUCCCCUACCCCACCGGCACCGGCGCCCUGACCGCCGCCCUCAAAGAACCCGACCGCACCAAGGGCAUCGACAUCGCCAUCGGCCUGACCGAAGGUUUCGUCGCCGACCUCGGCAAAGCCCAAGCCACUGGUACGAAAUCCGAGUACCGCCUCGCGGGAACUUACGUCUCGAGCCCGCUAUGCUGGGCCAUCUCGACGGGCGCGAACCGCGAUGAGAUGAGCGGGAUCCCCGACCUCCGCGGCAAGAAAGUCGGCGUGAGCCGGAUCGGGAGCGGGUCGUACGUGAUGUCGUUCGUGCUCGCCGACCAGCAAGGCUGGCUGGAGGACAAGAGCGGAGGCGGUCAGCAGGAGCCCUUCUCAGCGAUGAUCCCGAUCGGAGAUUUCGCCGCGCUGAGGAGAUCGGUCCGCGAGGACAGAUCGUCGGAUUUCUUCAUGUGGGAGCAUUUCACCACCAAACACUUCUGGGACAACGGCGAGCUGAAGCGCAUCGGGGAGAUCUACACGCCCUGGCCGUCGUGGAUGAUCGCGGCUCGGGAGGCUGAGGCUGGAGGGAGCGACGGUCGUGUCGCGGAUCUGACGAGUAAAUUGAAUCAGGGCGUGAAGCACUACCUGGAGAACAAAGAGGAGGCGAUCGAGUACAUCACUUCGGCGAUGCAUUACUCCCGGGAGGAUGCGCUGGAGUGGAUGAAGACGGUGGAAUUCGUGGCCGACACGCAUGGCGUGCGGACGAGCGUGGUGGACGAUGUGGUGGGGAUUCUGCGCAAGGCGGGCGUGUUGGAUGAGAAAGCCGGAGGGGGCGAGAAUAUGAUCAGCAUCAAGCGCGAGUGAAGGAGCGACUCGACACCGAAAGGAAAAGAAAAGAAAAGAAAAGUACACCUUCCUCACGUCGGGAGGGAGAGAAUGAUCGUCAAUCAAUCAUUACGUUUCCUUCUUAUCUUCUCAAAGCAAAAGGGAAAUGUCUACCCGUCAGAUCUCUUUCACACUUCCACCUCCGCUCAUGCCGUCACAGCAGCCUUCUUCCCUCCCGCCGAGAUGAGGUCCAAGAAGCCCUGUUUCGACAUCUCGUUCGCCUUCUCCUCCCUCGCCUGCAUGCCGACCACGCCCUCCGCCUUGGCCGUGCGCAUCGCCUCCUCGCUCUUGACCUGCGCCGCGCGGACGGCGUUGAAGAGCUUCACCACACCCCUCUGCGCCGUCUUCUUGAGGCGCUUCUCCAGCUCGACGAGGGCGCCCGUCUCGACGUCCGGCGUGCGCAGCCCCAGCGUGUCCCGCACCCGGCCCUUCU